AUUUAGCAUCUAGAGCAAUGGAAAUUGCUCUAGCUACAAGGGAUUUUAAAAAUCGUCAAGGACUCACAAAUGACGAGAUUGAAGUUGGAAUGUUGGAACAAGAUUUAAGUGCUACUCCACUUGGUGUGGCUUGUCCUCCAAAACCCAAGUGUCCAGUCAUUCCAGUAAGAUAUCGGAGAAUUGAUGGAGCUUGCAAUAAUGAACUUAAUUCAGCCUGGGGUAGUGGAAUGACACCAUAUUCGCGACUAUUACCACCAAGUUACAAAGAUGGAAUUUGGAUGCCUCGACUGUCCGAAAAUGGAGGUGUUCCUCUUGUUAGUCCUAGACUCAUCAGUACAACACUUAUUUCUGACAAAGAUGUGUUCAACUAUGAUUAUACGUUGAUGGUGAUGCAGUUUGGCCAAUUUUUAUCACACGAUAUAACACAAUCGCUUGAGUUUUCGUUUAUAAAUGGUAGCGCUAUAUCUUGUUGCUCUCUGGAUGGACGAAUGAAGCUGCCCCAUCAGGAUCGUCAUUACGCAUGUAUGGCAAUAGAUAUUUCUCCAAAUGAUCCAUUUUAUGGCCGUUUUCAUCAAAAAUGCAUGAAUUUUGUCAGAUCUGUGCUAGCUCCUAGGCAAGACUGUACAUUAGGGUAUGCACAACAGAUGAAUAAAAUCACCCAUUUUAUUGACGGUUCGUCUAUUUAUGGAUCAACCCCAGAACAAACUGGAAAGCUUAGGAACUUUGAAAAGGGGAUGUUACGAAUUUUUAACGACUUUGGUAGAUCUAUGUUGCCUUUGUCAGAAGAUCCAGAUGAAUGUCUGUCGAAGGAACAAAAUUCAGCCUGUUACCUAUCAGGCGACAGCAGGACUAAUCAAAUGAUUUCCUUAGUAGCACUUCAUACUAUUUUUCUUAGAGAACAUAACAGAGUGGCUUACGAACUUGCAAAAUUAAAUCCUCAUUGGAACGAUGAACGGAUUUUUUUGGAAGCUCGACAGAUUGUAAUUGCCGAAUUACAGGUCAUUACUUAUAAAGAAUUUUUGCCAAUAGUGGUAGGAAAUGCGGCAAUGGAAGAAUUUCGUUUGUCUUUAUCUCAAGGAUUGGAUUAUUCGUACGACUAUGAUCCUUCCGUAGAGCCAUCUGUAACAAAUGAAUUUGCAUCAGCGGCAUUUCGUUUUGGACACUCUACUGUUGACGGUCUUCUCAAAAUCUUUGGAAAAGAAAGAAUGGAUGAAAUGAUUUUUCUUCCCGAGAUAAUGUUUCAGCCAAACCGUAUGCGAAAACUUUUUUUCAUGGACGAACUCUUAAGCACAUUAACAACAGAACCGCUUCAACAAGUUGACAACAAUAUCGCGGAGGCUUUAACACGAUACAUGUUUCGAGCUGGCAACGCUUUUGGCAUAGACCUAGCUUCGCUAAAUAUUCAAAGAGGCAGAGAUCAUGGACUUCGGCCCUACAACGAUUACCGAGAACUUGUGGGACUAACAAGAAUCAAAAGUUUCGAUGAACUAAAUCCUAAAUUGAGAGAUAAACUUAAAAGUGUUUAUGAAUCAGUCAACGAUAUCGAUUUAUGGGUUGGAGGAUUAUUAGAAGAGAAAGCUCCGGAGAGUAUUGUGGGAUUCACCUUCAGAGACAUUAUAGCAGAUCAGUUUUACAGGCUAAAAAAAGGGGAUCGAUACUUUUUUGAAAACCAUCCAAGCAUUAAUCCGGGAUUUUUUACUCCAGAACAACUUCAACAAUUACGUAAAACCUCUAUGUCUCGUUUGAUUUGUGACAACAGCGAUGGAACACUUUUAGCACGACAAGCACCUAAUGCUUUUAAAAAACCAGGCGUUGAAGGUAAUGAAUUUGUCGAUUGCAACAGUAUGGAGAUCCCAAACAUAAAUUUAAUUUUUUGGAGAGAAUAAUGUAGUGU